GGAAGGAAAGUCCGCUCAAGUUUCACAUUCCAAUGACGCGUUGUUGCUUUCGCAUCGUGCCCGAGGCAAGUAUGGCAACUCUUGACUGAUGAGUCACGUGGAAAAGACGCAAGCGACGCGGAGGAAUUCGACGCGUUUCUCGCCAUUGGACGCGUUUCUCUUCCGUCUUCCCGGCCGCCUUCCUCGACUGCGUGACGAGGACGCGACUCCGUUUCUCGUCUUCCAGUUCUGCUUUUCGGGGUUGUCUCGAGUACUUUUGUUCUUUCCCAAAAAACAACAAGAAGGAGAAGGAGAAGGUGGCGCGCUGACUCCUCCCACAAAGGCAAGGCUGAGACUCUCCGUGACGUUGACGGCAAGUGAAGCGACUGAAUUCUUGUGUGGUUGGCUCAUCUCGCCGCGAACAGGUGGCAAAGAAGAAACACUUGGCUCAGCUGCGCCUUUUGCGAACCGGCCUCACCUGUUUUUCCCCCUCCCCUCCCACCUUGCUUCCUUCCGGCUCUCCCUCCUCCCUCCUCGCUUUCGACUUGCCGCGACAAGCCUCGGGAAAGGUUCCCGUUCGACGAGUAGGAAGAAGGUCGCAGACGACGUCGCAGACUUCGGAGGACCGCGGAAGACCAAGUCGGACGCGAUGGAGGUUCUGGUGCUGAUCAACUUUGAGGGCACCAUGGGGGACGAGAUGACGGUGCGAAUGGGGGACGUGGUGAAGAACGUCACCAAGGCCGGCGAGGACGGCUGGCUGGAGGGCGAGCUGCGAGGCAAGCGAGGCAUCUUCCCCGCCAACUUUGUCAAGGAGGUGCCCGUUUACUUGACGGGGAACAGCAAGCGGGAGCCCAGAAGCAUCCGAACAACCAAGAGGAUGAAACAAGCCAGGACGUGCGAGGUGGUGUUUGCCUACAGCCCCGUCAACGAGGACGAGCUGCCGUUGCUCGUCGGCGAGACGGUGGAAAUCCUCAGCGAGAUUGAAGACGGAUGGUGGAUGGGCAUCAAAAAUGGCAGGGUGGGGGCCUUCCCGUCCAACUUUGUCCGAGAGAUCUUCGUCGCCCCCAAAGACGGCAAACACAACGAGAGCAAGGCCAGACCCAAGCUGAGCGACGCGGUCUUCAGUAAAGAGAUCUCUCAGAGAGCCACGGUGCGCAGCAAAGUCAAAAACGCGGUGGAGUGCUGUCAAGUCAUGUUCGACUACAAGGCCAAAGCGGAGGACGAGCUGGAUUUGAAGAUCGGGGACGUGGUCGUCAUCCUCAGAAAGGAAACGGAAGACGACGGCUGGUGGGAGGGCGAGCUCAACAACCGCUGCGGAUUCUUCCCCGAUAACUUUGUCAUGGUCAUCCCGCCCGUGGACGCUCUGAAGGCCGGCGACAAGAGCCUCCCGCCGGCGCGUGCCCUCAACAAGGAAGCUUCAGAAAAAAGGGAAAGCCCGGUCAUGGACAAGGUCGCCCCGACGAAAAGCAAAGAUGACAAACCCGAGCUGAAGGAUUUGCGCAGCCACCCGCCGACCAAAGUCAAGCUCCCCAGCAUCAACAAACACGCCUCCGCUCAAGUCAAAGACAAAGUCGGCAAGGCUUUACCCAAAGCCGACGGCAAAGUGCCGCCAUCCCCGCCCAAAUCCCCCCAGGAUAAAAACGCCGAUGGUUUGGACGGGGCGGACCCGGACGGCGACAAGCUCAAGCACCCGACGGCCAACCGAGCCAAGCCCCCCGCCAGGAGACCCCCCUCGGGCGCCACCGUCGGAGCGCAGAAUGCCAACGACUCUGAAGCGGAAGUGACCAAGAAGGGCCAAAGCGGCUCGCCAAAGGCUGCGGAGCAUCUCAAGGCGGACCCGCCGGCGAAGACGCCGCCCCCGCUGCGACCGACGCCUCCCCGGGCCCCGCCCGCCCACAAAGACGAGCCCACGCUGGAGGGCCUGCGGGCGGAAGUCAAGGAGCUGCGCGCGGCUCUGGAGCUCCUGCGGGCGCGACACGAACACGACAUGCAGGAAGUGAAGGAGGAACUGCGGGCCGAGAGAAACAAACGACAGACGCUGCAGGAAGAAGUCCACGUGUUGAGGAUGAAUCAUUAAUCUCAAAGUGCAACGGGUCACGCCGCAAGCCCCUGGACUGCACAAGGACCACAUGAAACCUCGUGACGCGUCGCGCCAUUAAUUGAUGCGUGCGCAAAUGUGAAGGGCCAAACAAAGAUACCUUUGUUCUGCCAGGCUUGCUCUCCUUUCUUUAUUAUUUGCCCCUUUUUUGUUGAAAUAAUCCACGAGAAGAGAAUAUGCACUGUGUGAGAAUUUGGGGCGCGGGGGGAUGAUUCCAUGCAAGUUGGGUCACAUUGACUCUUGUGAGUAAGAAACACGCAGGAGGGUAAAAGCCAGUUUGACAUCAUCAUUUCUAUGGGCGUCCUGGCUUUUGUUGUAUGACAUGAUGCAAUUAGAUAGCAAUGCGGCUGAACAGACGAGAAAAAGUCUUGCUGCAUUCUGUUCAUAGUUUUCUUCUCCUUUGUCCAAGGAUGCCAUUCUCAUAAUCUCCACGUGGGGGAGCCAUUGGGCUAUUAAAAGAUUCCGUGCUUUUUUUCC